AUGACCUGUGCAGCCACAUCUGGAGGUUGUGGAGUUAGUACAGCGUGCGCACCGUCAGCGCCAGCAAUCGCGAGCACACCUGGUGUUAUCUCGUCUGCAAGCACACCAAGUCGCCAUAUCACAGCCGGGGAGAAGGAAGAACUGAAGAAGAAGAAAGAGGAGCGCGCAGAGAAGAAGCAACAAAGGAAGGAGGUUCGAGACGAGGCAAAGGCAGACACCAAGGCCAAGCUCCCGGACACGACUAGCAAGAAGGCUAAGCUUCGGCUCUCCGGCGACUGUGGCGGCGGCGACUCCGGCGGUUGCAGCACAUCCCAUACCGCAGGCGACGGAGGUGACGGCGGCAGCUACUCAGGCGGAGAUUCAGGAACCGAUUACAUCCCACAAGGAUCCUCCUCGUCCAGCCGACCAUUGACAGCCGAGGAGCGUGCGGAACGCGACCGCAAACGCAAAGAAGAUCAAGAGGAGUACGAGCGUAAGCGAGCGGAAAAAAAAGAGAAGAAGCAACAAAGGAGGGCAGUCCGAGCCGAGACCGCUACUGCAGUCAAAGCGAAGCGCCACGAGGCGGCUAAGCUGAAGGAGAAGAUCCGCCUGACCGCCACGCUUCUUACACUCAAGCUCCAUCUUUGA